UUUAAUUCCCUUGAGCCUUGAGCUUCCUCCUCGUUUCGCUGGCUCCAAAAUCUUUUGGUGGAUACCCAGUGAUUUUUUUUUUCGUUUUCUUAUCCUUUUCAAAAAAUUGCUGUAAAUAAAACUGAUUGAAUUCAUCUACAAUGGUUUUUGUUUCCGGGUUGCAGGCAAAUUGUCCAGCUUUGCUUCAUCCUACUCGGCCGAACAAACUCCCAUACCCAACUGGGAGUUGUAACAGCUACAGAUUUAUUCAUCACAAUGCCGCUCAGCAAAUUUCUACAGGAGGAAUUGGGUAUUGGGUUGAAAAGGGUUUAGGCCAUGAACGUGUUAAUUCUGUCGGGAGAGAUUAUCAGCAUCGAUUAGGCUAUGAUGGUGACAUUCCCGAGGAGCCCCUUUUGUUAACUUGCAUCAAGGAAGCCAUUUGGGCUUUGAGAUCUUUAUUCGUACUUCUGGUUGAGCAGCCUAGUCAGCUGAAGUACAUAGAGUGGCCAGGCUUUCAAAAUACGCUAAAGACUGCCACUCUUACUCUUGUUCUCGUAGCAUUGCUCAUUGUUGCUCUCUCAUCAACAGACUCUUUCCUCAGCUAUUUGCUGGGUUUGCUUCUGAGGAGAACCCCGUAAAGGAAUGUACCAGUUUUGCAUACUUUUCAUAACUUGAUUGAUAGUUUAUUGAAGAUGGACGAUUCUGCUCCAACCUCAAUUGCUCAUCAGGACAAUAAUUUGAAAGUUUUCAGCCGAGGCAUUGAAGCUUCAGCAUUGUAACUUGUAAGUAUAAACUUUAUGGAUCUGCUUAGAUGAUGAAGCUUGACUGGUUGGGAAACUCGUUAUUGCAGUUUAUUGAAGAUGCAACUACAGGAAAAACUGAGAUGCUUCUGUGAGGUGAGAUUAAGUUGUACUGCCACGUGCGAGCUUUGUUUUAAUUAACAAAGUUGAAACAAAUUAAUUUAAGAAAUAUAAAGUAUUUGAUCAUA